GCUUGGUUCUGUUGUGGCCACGCCCCCUUCUCUAACCUGGUUUAGAGUAAUUGAUAUCUCUGAGCGAGAGAAGCGCUGGAAACUUAGCCGAGAGGAGAAGCAGCUCGGAGGGUCGGUUCACAGGAGGACGGAGGGAAUGGACACCAAAACUCCACCGGAUAUUAGCUAGGCUUGCUGGCAGUAUGCUUGAUUUUAUGCAUGAAGUCCUCAGUCCUGAGUGUGUAGGAAGUUUGGAAAGGAUGAGGAAGAAGCGGGAGGAUUUGUGCUGCAGCUUUAUAAACUAGUUUUCUUAGUUAGGUUGGUAUUUAAAUGGUAAGUGUAACCGAGAAAGGUCAUGCCAGGUAAAGAAAGAAAAUAAAAGACAAAUCUUAAGAAAAGAGCAACAUUUGGAUAAGCUAGUGACUAGUGCACUCUAGCAAAGCUUUAAAGUAAAUUGAAAGUGAAGCUGAAAAGAAGAAACAAGAAUGGAGUGCGGUGAAACUUUCCUGAGUGGAACAGGGGAACUGGAACUGGAUCCAGACAUCGUAAGCGAGGAGGCGGGAAAGCUGUACUCAGAACUCCAGUCUGUUAUUGACACUCAUGGCGCAGAUGUUGUGGAGUCGCUGCUGCCCAUCCUGGUGUGGGUACUGGAAGGACUGGCCAGCUCUCGGGCACAGUUGAGAGAGAGGGAAGAGUUGGCAGAAAAAGAGAAAGGAGAGCGAGAAGAGCUUCUGGAAAGAUAUGAGAGGGAGAGGACACUGAGGAGAGAGAGCCAGGAGCGCUUCCUGGAGCUAGAUGACCAGUUUGAGCAGGAGAGGCGAGCGAUGCGUGGGAGAGAGAAAGAGAAGGAAAGGAGAGAACGAGCGCUGGAGAAGAAAGCCAGAGAACAAGCUGACCAAUUGGUUGCAUUAGAGGAACAGAAAGCUGGUCUGGCCAGAGAACUAAGCACUUUAAAACAUACACAUAACAAGUUAGCGCUGACAUAUCGGGAUCUGCUGGAAAAGAAAAAGGAGCUAGAGAGAGAAGGGUCUCCUUUAAGGAAUCAUAUUCGCUCCAAAAGCACAGAUGCUCCAUCCUCUCACGUGCCACCUGAAAUCACUGUAACUGAACAGCAUGAUCUAACACCUGUCACCUGUGAGCCCAUACCAUCAGAAAUGGUCAGAGCUGAACCCAUCAGUGAUCCGUCCUUUAUCAACGACAUCAUAAGCUCUACUCCUGAGCUGUCCCAGUUUCAAGGCCUUGUUGAAGCAAGCACCCCUGUUCGAGCAGAAACCAGAGCACUGAACCACAGUCUGGAGGAAGAGAUCCGACAGAAACAAGAGGAGGAAGCUGGAGAAGAGAAUGAAGAGGACAGGGAACUGAAACAUGAUGGCGAGGAAGAUGAAGAGGAGAAGGAGGAUGAAAAGAACUUGGAUGUUUUGGAGUGGGAGAUGUUGAGGAACACUGAUUCUGUCUUCUCUGAGCUCUCAGAACUCAGCCGGGAAUACGCAGAGAGCGUCGAUCACGGAGUCAGUGUGAGAGGCAGCUCAGACCAGUUUGAAGAGAUUCUUUCACAGUAUGAGGAACUGAAACUCACCCAUGAGAUGGUGGAUGCUGCUCGUAAGGCUCUUAUUUCUCGUGUAGAGGAAUUGACCAAUGAGAGGUCUGCUCUGAAACAUGAGCUCACUUCCUGUCAGGAAACCAUUACCCGAUUGGAGGGAAAAACCAAGGAGAUGGAAGAGGAGACCAAACGGCUGCGCAAAGAGCUGGAGGCAUUCCAGGCUGAAGACCCUGAUGCUUCUCUGCCCAGCUCGCACCGCCGCUUCUCUCGUUCAGAAAUGGCUCGCGUGGUCAUGGAGAAGAACCAGUACAAAGAAAGGCUGUUUGAACUACAGGAAGCUGUGCGGCGCUCUCAGGCUCUUAGGGUUUCUAAGGAAGAAAAGAUACCAGAAGACAAAAGGAGCAGCAGUGUGUGGAAGAGGUUUAAUCGUUUCCUUGGCUUAACUAAGGACCAGCUAGCUCCAGCUGCAGCUUUAGCUCUUACCGUCCCACCAGUGCCAUCCCCUACAAGCUCACCAGUGGGUUCACCACAUCGCCUGUCCGUCGAUCCAGCACGGACAGAAGUUUCCCACUCCCCCAGACUGAGGAAGAGGGAACUGUACAGGGAUAUUCGCUCUCAUGUAUGGGGAGCUCUGGAUAAAAGGCAUGUGCACAGCUGGAGCAUGCCACUUUCACACACAAAUACUCAGAACUCUGAUCUACCUGUGGAGCCUAAAGAUGUGCCCAUCUUUACCAAGUUGAGAAUGCUUGACCAGAGAGAUGCUUCUGCUAAGCUGACGUGUGCUGUAGCUGUGUCACCGGAGGUUUCAGGAGAGCAGAGUUGUUCUGUCUGGGCCAUCACUGGACCUGCCUCCAACAGUGAUGUCACAGUGAUUGACCCGGCACGGUCCAAUACUGUCCUGGAACAGUUCAGCCUCCCACCGACCUCUCCAGCUCUGUGCAUUUGUGCUGUCCCUCCCACUGGGGCAACAUCUGGCACUGUGUGGAUUGGAACCCAGGAUGGAGGUGUUCUUGUUCAUUCAGCCUCUUCCACUAGAGGACGCUGUCUGCAGUCUGUCAGCCUCUCCGAGGGAGUGUAUUCUCUCACGUAUUCACCAGGUCAUAUGAUUGCUGGUUUAGGCAAUGGGAUACUUGUGAUUUUCUGUCACACUUCAGGUGGAUGGAAUUUGCAGUCACAUGAAUCAGUGUCUUUGGGCACUUCCCCUUUGCAGCCCAUUCGCUGUUGCCUAGCAAAGCAGGAUCGUCUUUGGGUGGGAUACUGGAACAAAGUUUACAUGAUUGAUAUACAGAAUCGAAAAGUAGAGAAAUCCUUCACGGUGUCACUUAGAAGUGAGCAGCAAGUGCGCUUCCUGUGUGCUGCAGGAAGUGGAGUUUGGGUUUCCUGUCGGCUCGACCCUACCCUCAGGCUUUUUGACUGGACUUCUGGACGUCCGCUACAGGAGGUGGAUGUGUCCUCCAUGAUUACUACAGCUCUAGGUGCUGCAAUCCUGUCCCUUUCUCCUCUUCAGAUCUCUGCUAUGUCUGUUGUCAGUAAGCGGCUGUGGCUGGGCACAGGGAGUGGUGCCAUUUUCUCCAUCCCUCUGUCAAUCAGUUCAGAGUCUUCCAUCCCAUACUGCUCUCUGGCUUCAGCUCAGCUGUCCUUCCAUGGGCAUCGCCAAGCAGUUAAAUUCAUCAUCUCAGCCCCAGGUUGUCGUGGUUCUUCUAUUACAACAGAUGCUCCUACAUCUCAUCUCAUUCUCAGUGGAGGAGAGGGCUACAUUAAUUUCCGCAUUGGAGAUGAUGGUAGUGAUGGAACUGGUGAGCCUGUUUUACAGAGGUCAGAAAGGAGCCACAUGAUCAUCUGGCAGUGUCCUACUCAGCCUGUUCCUAGCUCUUCCCUUUGAGUGUAGUUCCUUUUAAAGCUUUGCAGACAGGUUCCACUCUUCUUAUUUUUCUGUUUACUGAAGCACUCUUUACACACUGUGCCUUGCUCUGUACCUCUCUGUCUUUGCUGCUUCUAUACGUUACUUCAAGGCAAGGAACGGUUGGUAAUAAUUGAUGCAGAUGUGCAUGAUGUGUAUUAAUUAUACCAACUGGGAAUAUCGCACAGGACAAAUCAACAAUAGUAUGUUUGAGAAGAGGACAAAAAUGAGCCACACCUUUUUUUCUGGCAGUUAGUCAUUAAGUAUGCAUCAGCUUUCAGUGUGUCUUAUCGUGUGCUGACAAAAGUUGCAGUGCAGUUUUGUUGUUUAUGUUCUGUGUUUAAAAAUCUCCAUCACUACUGGAACACCUUUCUGUAUUUUAACUUUACAGCAGUUUGUUAGUCUUUAAUUUUUCGGUUUACAUCCAGACUGUAUGUAACUCAAAGCUAUAUUUAUUGAAACCAUGUCAUCUCAUAGAUUCAUUACUGCACUUUCAUUGAAAGGAAAGCUUGCACAAUGUACAAGCUCAGCAACAGAUUUAACUCUAUGCAAAUAGAGGUCUUGUAAAGGCUUCUCAAAAUCCGUAAGUCUGGCUUAUCAGCCAAGUGUAACAUAUAUAGAUUUGUGUAGAUACAUUAAAUUAAUAUUGUACAAUAAGGGGAUGUUGGGAAUACAUCUCCGGUAAAUUAAAAAUAAUCUUGUUUCUUUUUCAUAACUGGAAACGUACUGUGUUUCACUGGUGUCUUUGUAAUCUAAAGUGAUUUUGUUUGAUUUGUCAUGCAGUAUUUGAGUACAAAUGAAUGAGUUGUGUGUUUGAAAAAAGGAGUGAGAAAGAAUGUGUGAUGAGAGAUAUUUUUGAAAUAUAUACAGUAUUUUAUAAAAA